CGCUCGUCUCCCUUCCUGUUCGGCUCGUGCGAUCGAGGCGGACAUCGUGGACGCCGGUCUCUCUCUCUCUCCCUCUCAGAUUCUUAACACCUGAAACUUCAUUGCAGUUUUCAUCGCAUAGACACUUCUACUGCAAAGAUGGUCAAUGUACCUAAAACCCGAAGGACUUUCUGUAAGAAAUGUGGCAAGCACCAGCCUCACAAAGUGACGCAGUAUAAGAAGGGCAAGGAUUCCCUGUACGCCCAAGGAAAGCGGCGCUACGAUCGCAAGCAGAGUGGCUACGGUGGGCAGACAAAGCCAAUUUUCAGAAAGAAGGCCAAAACCACAAAGAAGAUUGUGCUCAGGCUUGAGUGUGUGGAGCCCAACUGCAGAUCGAAGAGGAUGCUGGCCAUUAAGAGGUGCAAGCAUUUUGAACUGGGAGGCGACAAGAAGAGAAAGGGCCAAGUGAUCCAGUUCUAAAACUCAUGUUGUCUGAGAGAAAUACUGAGGCAGUAGAAAAAUUACCUGCUAGAAAAUAAAGUUAUUGUGAUACUAA